AUGUCAAACGAGACAUUCCCACUGUGGAAUCUGCCGCAGAUUCCUCGGAAAUUGGUCUUCCAACUAAUCGAUAUUAUUGAUUUAUUGGAAAUCUCAAUGACCUCUCGACCGGUCCGUAAAUUCUUAACUGCCUUCAAACCACAUCUUGUCGAUCUCACCUGGAAAUUCGAUGACUCUCAAGCAAUACGUAGAUAUAGAGUUGUUGGACCACCACCGUACGAAACGUACAUGUACCUCCAACUGUAUUUCCCCUUUAGCAAACAAGAAAUCACCUACUACUUUGUUGGGAAAAACAAGGCUCGUUCCAGUCAGGAGAGAGCUGUAAACUGGAAAGAAGACGUCGUAAUGAAGUGUAUGGACAAAAGGGAAAUGUAUGAACGGCAGGGAUUCAUGGUGGGUGGAAGAGAUGACUGUCGAAGAGCGGAUCCCGGAAACCCUGACUUGAAAAUUAUGGAGGACCUCUCCACACAUCUCACCCAGAUUCUCCGUAUCAACUCGUUCAAUGUCAAACAUUUACGAUUGAGUGAAUUUGACUUUUUUGGAUGUUUUGUCUGGAAUAUCACGAGGAAAUUCAAGAAAUUUGUUGCGAAAAACGUGGAAAUCAAUAAAGAAGCCACUCGAUUCAUUCUGAAUGAUUUGGAGAUUGAGGAUGUUGAAAUAAUGAAGAAUUGUAAAUGGAUUUCUAUGGAUGAUGUCAUGGAAUCUGAAUCUAAAAAGAUCAAAAUAAGAUUUCCGAAUGAUAUGAAUGUUGAUGAGUUGGUCAAACUUGUCAACCUAUGGAAAAGUGGAAAUAUCUUGAGAGAUAUGAAGUCUCUGAGCUUAGAAGGACCCUUUGACGUGGAGAAAAUGCUCUUACAAGAGCAUUACAGGCUAAAGUUCUUCAAAAAACUGGGCACAAUUGGCAAACGAUCUGAUAGGAAUGUCUUUGAAAACGAUAUCAAACGAGAUACGGAUGGUCAAAUGGCGAGAUUGUUCUUCUGUGGACGUCAGAUGACUCUGGAUCUGAAGGAGGCAACGGAGAAGAAAGUUAAUUGA